AUGUCGCACGUCAUGGUAUUUGAGCCCGUAAAGUUCUUGCUUAUCCCGAGCGACCUUCUCACCCAUGUCCGCCACACCACGCCGGCGGUCGAUAGGAAGCCAAUCACUGGCCUUCCGUCGCUCGAUCUUGACAACUUGGAAAUUUUGAAUGAAUACGGCAACAAGGAUCAUGUUGCGCUUGUAUCCGACGAUGAUCCAACGACUUAUCCGAAAUGGCUUUACGGCGAAGCCCCGGACGAGACCGGUCGCAUCCACAACUCCACGCCAUGUGUUGUAGUCAUUGUUGAGAAGAACGAGCGCGAGCUGGACGCGUUUUACUUUUAUUUCUACUCAUUCAACGAAGGGCCGAACAUCACGCAAGUUUUGGAGCCCCUCGAUCGCUUAGUCAAGGGUCCGAAGGCAGCUUCAGGGAUGCACUUUGGCGAUCACAUUGGAGAUUGCCUGUCGUUUACAGUGCGCGUGGAUCGCAUGCCAACUAUGCGUCGUCAGGGCUUCAAGUUCAUAAUGCAGCUUUAG